UUCACGACCAUUGUAGUGUACCGUAAUUUAUGUUUUAACAGUUCGUAAUAAGUACUGACUCUAGAAAUACAAGAAAAAUUGUUAUUUUUUAUUCGAUAAUUUAUUAUUUAAUUCGGCCAUACUAUGGACGAUUUACAGAAUUAUAAAUUGCAACUUCAACAGGUAGAAGCAGCUCUUACGACAGACCCAACCAAUGAGGAACUUUUAAAAUUAAAAAUCGAUCUCGAAGAAGUAAUAGAGCUGACACAUGAUUUAAUUAAAUCACAACAACAGGAAAAAAGGCAAGCCAAUGGCAUGGAUGCUAAAGAUCCUAUUUUGCUUGCAGUGUUAGCCAAUAAAUGGAAAGUGGGCGAUCAAUGUAUGGCUCCAUGGAGCGAGGAUGGCAAAUAUUAUGAAGCAACGAUAGAUGCAAUAAGUGAAGAUGGAGUCGUGAACAUAACUUUCAAUGAGUACAAAAAUACUGAUGUUACGAUGCUCAGUCAACUCAAGUCAAUAGCUAAGAGGCCAGCAUCGGAUUGGGCAGAUCAGAAAUCAAAAAAAAUGCAAGCAGCUGCUAUUGCAGGAGCUGAUCCAAAUAAGCAAAGAGAAUACCUUAAGAAAAAAAAACAAAGAAAGCUACAACGAUUCAAGGAACUUGAAGAAGAACGUGAAAUGGAAAAAAAUAAAUGGUUAGCUUUUACGAAUAAGUCGUCAAAGAAAGGUGUAAUAAAGAAAAGUAUAUUUGCAACACCAGAGAAUGUAAAUGGAAGAGUAGGUAUUGGUACAUGUGGCGUAAGUGGUCGAGAAAUGACUAAAUUUAGUAAUGGUGAAAAAUGGAGGAGAGGAGCGUGAAUAUUAAUGUAAAUAAAAAAAUCACACAUUCUGUGAGAUAGAAUUUUGAAUUAUUGUUACAUUUGAUCAUUCAGUUUCUAUGAGAACUGAGAUUGUAUGUUUCGUUUGUGAGAAUGGUCAAUAGGCACAGAAAAAUGAAAUAAUCAAUAAUAAUAUCUGAGUGUGCACAGGUAUGUAUAAGUUUAUUGAAUGAAAAAUUUCACUUUAAUAAAUUCUGACAUUAUUUUGCAUUUUUUAACCUACACUAUUGAAGGAUGAGUGUCAUGAAUGAGUGUUUCUAGAUUAAUGUCUUUGUAAGUAUGAUUUGUUUAUAAUCAAUUAAUGAUAAAAAUAAAUGUAUAUUUUAAUGUCA